UAUAGCCUAAUUCAGCAUCUGCAUCGCGAAACUUCAAAUGAUUUGCUUCAUACUAAUAUUCAGAUUCAGAAACUAAAUAAUGCGAUAAUUUGAGCUGUAUGUUUAUACAAUCUAUUAUGCCUUUUAUUAGCUUUUGAAUCAAUUGAAACCGCUUCAUUCCUGUGUUCUUCCUUUGUUUUUGUUAUUCUCAAUUUGAAAUUAGGUGCUUAUUUGGGGAUCUUGUAGUGGAUGGAGGAUUGUGCUUGUGAUUAGUGUUUUACUAUAUCAUAUCUGUGUAAGCUACAAGGAUUCUUCAAGUUUAUUAAAAAGGGUCAUGUUUGUUUGUCGGGAAAGUAAUGUUAUUAGAGAAAAUGAUUAGGAUUUUGAUUUCUAAGAUUUUAAUUUCUGGCAUUCUUGAUUUUUAGGAAUAUGAAUUCUAGAAAUAUAAUUCCAGGAAAAUAUGAUUUGGAAGAAAAUUACAAAGAAAAAUUGAAAAAUAACAAAAAAUUGCUUUCUGCAAUAUGAAAUUCAAACACGAGAACCAAAUAUGCUUGCAGUUUGCAGCAUUAUAUAUGGUGAAUUCAGAUCAGGAUGAAACUUACAAUAAAUUAUUUAUACAAUCGGCGUAUGAAUUUGCAUAGUACCACAAAUACAUUAUAUAUGGAUCGAUUGAGGACUUAAUUAAGAUAAAUCUCUUGGCUAGUUGAUUGAAGUGUUGGAGCUAUAACGAUAAGCGUCAAAGAAAAAGAUUGCAAAAAAUUGAGAUAAAAAGGUUUAGCGGGAUUGAGAAGAAGAGAGACGGACGGGAGAUGAACGUUCUUUCAAAAUUACAGAUUGGGGAAAAAGAAUACCUAGGUUGAGUAGAGUAAAAAGAAUCCUUAAAUUCAUACAUAACAUUCCCUUAUUUUAGGAAUCAGAUUCCUUUCCUUAUUUUCUUAUAAUUUCAAGUAAAAACUCCAAAAAUUGAUCUUGAGGUACUAUUCUUUCUAUAAAUUUGUUGUUUAUAUGACUUUUAUUUCAUCCAUUUGUGUUUCUGUUCUUUUCAGAUUUUUUUUUAUCAAUGGUGAGAUUAUCCAUUUGAUUCCUUGUGUUUAUCUCCAUAAGAGUUCAGGAUCUAAUUAAAUUUCUUGUGUAUAUCUCCUCAAGAUAUUAGGCUUUAAAUUUCAGGUUGAGUUUAUGUAGGAUUCAUGCAUUUAGAUUUACUGUGUUUAUCUCCUCAAGUUAUCAUGCACAAGGUUAUCUCCCUAAGAGAAUAAGGUCUAAUUUAAUUUUUCGUGUUUAUUUCCUCAAGGUAUUAGGAUUUAGUUUUCAAGUUGAGUUUAUGUAGGAUUUGAUCAGUAUCAUAUAAUUAGGUGUAGUGUUGUUCAUUUUUUGAAUCAGCUACUUUCUUUGAUUAGUUUAAAUUGUCUCGAAAAGUUUCGAACGUGUCCUUGGAUAGAAGUGACAGAUUGUGUUCGUACAACUUGUAUGUAUGUUUUGGCCUUGUCUUCUGAGAGUGUCAGUGUAAGUUAAAUACAAUGCGGCGGCAGAUUGUGAAGAGAGACGGUGAUCAUUUUACUGAAAAAGAUUGCUCUUGGUUUGUGGUGAUUGAGAAACAUGCUGUUUUAAUUGAAGUGAGGGGUCUUGGUGAUCCCUAUAUUGAUAAAACAAGAUGUUUGCAUGUACUCUUUUCUGCAAUUUCAAAUUUAAUAUAAUUACAACAGUUUUUAGUUAAAAUUGUAUAAUUAUUUCGGUUUCUGUCUGCUUUAGAUCAUCAAAAAGCUUCUGUAUCUUCUUAAUCAGGGUGAAACAUUCACAAAGGUCUCUUUCUCAACUUUGGUAUUCGACUUAGUUCCAUUUUGUUAUUGGGCAAUUGAGAUUCAUGAAACCCGAGAACUAUUUAUGACCGUGUUGCAUAUCUAACUGCACACAACAUUCCAUCCGAGAAGAUGUUUUCAAUUUUCACGUAUGUGAUAGGAUUUGGAUAGCAUUUGAAUUUAGUGUAAUAUGUUUUGUAGAGUGAAGCUGCAAACUAUACUUCCUUCUGCUGUUAAUGUGUAUCGUUUCCAAUAUGUUCAUUUGAGAAGAUUGUUUCAUCUAAUUACAAGGGAUCUUUGCCCUAUUGCAGAUGAGGUUCCCCUAGUCACUAGUUCGUUACUUAAAGACGUCAACACUGGUAAUGUUGCAUAUCGGGCAAAUGCUAUCCGUUUGCUUCGUCAUAUCACAAAUGACACAUCCUUAAGUAAAGUCGUGAAAUUCCUCGAUGAGGCUCUAUGUGACGACAAUCCUGUUCUUCAAAUUGCUUCCCUUGUGUGUGCAAUCAAUCUGCUAAAGAGAGAUCCAAGGAUGGCCAUCACACUCAAUCAAGUAUACCAUAUAUCAACUUUCUACGGAAAAGGAAAACACGUUCAGUUCCAUGACAUAUAUCUAAACUUUGUGUUGGCAUAUCAUGCAUCAUUAUUGGGGUGGGGCCGUUGGAUUUACAUGUUACAAGAGCAUGCAGAUGGAACCAGUAUACCGUCAACUGUUCAUUCAAUCAAAAUGUCUCAUGUUUACAUCGAGCAUGUUUCAAGGUGUAAUUUUUCCGGGCAUUCUUGUUGGUCUUCUUCACCGUUGGUGCCUUUUAUCCUGGCUCGUGGUAUUGCUCAGAGCUACUAUGUCCCUGAUAGAUUUACUAGAGACAAAUACAUAGAGUCUUGUAUCCAUGAUAAAGAUGAAAUGGUGGCAAUAGAAGGAUUCCGGUCACUGCCAAGGGUGGUAGGCAUGCGUAAUAGUGAUGUUAAAAGCGCCAUAGAUGUUAUGCGCCUAAUUCUUCAUGAUUCUCACCGGCCUGUGUCGAGGUUUAGUGCUGUCAUGGCAUUGCACAAGGUGGGGAUGGUGCAUAAUGUGGUAUGGACAACUCCGGAGGAUCAUAUAGCAAUUGGUUUGGAUUUGAAUGUAUACACGAUACAUAUGGAGCAAGUCGAGCAUCAAGAUAGUGAGGCAGAAGCUGAACAAGCAUCUCGAGUCAUCAAAUCUCGAUCAUGUUCGUAUAACAUGCAUGAUGGCGACCCAGAAGCCGAGCAACUAUCUCAAUCAUUUCCAGUCUAGGAAGCUGAAGCUGAAGCUGAAACCCAUCACGUAAGCAUUAGGAGUAGGCUCCUGCAGAAAUCGUCCAACCAAUUGGUCACGAGAUAAAUAUUUAUUUUAGUACAGUAAUAUAUAGUGGUCACGAGACCACUAUAUGUUACAUUAUUACUGUACAAAUGGCGGGCUUGUGAUUGUUUACAGUUGUUUUUAAUCCAUUAAUUUGUUCUUAA